AUGCCAAAGGGUGAAGGGAAGAGGUCCCCUGAAGCAGGCCCCAAGAUUGCCGCUGAUGGCCAACCUCAGGAGUCGUCACGCUCGGCCGUCGUAGACGAGAUCAGCCCGGCCACGGCGCAAACCGACCAAGGUCGAGGUAGCGUUGACAUGGACGAAAAGCACAUCCCAGACUUGGAAGGCCAAGAUGGCCGAUAUUCGCUACUCACGACAGCGCGAGUCGUAGCAUUCAUCUUCGGGGGGGUCUCAUGUAUUCCUAUCGCAAAGAUCGUCGAUAUCUGGGGUCGACCCGAAGGGUUCGCUUUGAUGACCUGCUUCGCGACGCUAGGGAAUGUAUUGAUGGCCGUGAGCAGAAAUGCCGAAAUCUAUGCUGCGGCUCUCGACGGUAUGAACUUUGUGCUCGACGUUUUGGUUACGGAUACUUCGAAACUGCGAAACCGAGCAUUGCUUUUAGUUGUGAUGUCUGCUCCAUUUUUGGCAAUCACAUUUGCGGGACCCGCCGCCGCUGAAGACUUUCUCCUUGGUAUUGGUUGGCGAUGGGCCUAUGGUACCUUAGCAGUUAUUGUUCCCUUCUCUGCGAUUCCAGUUCUCUGGAUCUUACUAUACACUCGCAAGGAGGCGCGCAAACAGUUUCCAGCUGCUGUUCGUGAAUCAGAUCGGACAUGGUCACAAAGCGUAAUGCAUUAUACAAUGAGUUUGACGGUAUUUAUUGGCAUGGUUCUUGUCGUGGCUGGAUUCUCGCUCCUCAUAUUACCCUUUAGUCUCGCCACGUAUCAGACCGAUAAGUGGAGGUCGGCUGCGAUCAUCACCAUGAUUGUUAUUGUGACGCUCUUAUCGUUCCACUUGCUGUUGGAGCAUACAGUCAUGGGUGCUUGCAUUACGAGCGGCAUGAUAUUGAUCGCCUCGAGUUGUUGGGGCUCGUACUUUCAAAGCCACCUCCAUGUAGUCUUCGAUUCAUCUAUAAAAGAUGCGGGCUGGAUCAGUAACAUCUACAACUUGGGUACAACUAACACAUGCUCCUGGAGUUUUGUUAUCGGUUAUCUAACCCGUGUGACGAACCGGUAUAAGUGGUUGGCUCUCGCUGCAGCCCCUCUGCUUGUUAUGAGCGCCGGGUUCAUGAUCAAGUACCGCAUGCCAGGCACUUCACUCGGUUUAGUGGCCAUGUGUCAAGUGCUUGAGACUAUAGGCGCCUCGUCUGAUCAUUGCCGGACGCUUGUCGUAACCGAAAAGAUUGCUAUUAUGGCCGCCACCAAACAUCCUAACGUGGCCAUGGCACUUGCGCUCCUCGCUCUGUUCACUGCAGUCGGAGAUACAAUCGGCCUUGGCCUUGAGGACCAAACCAGCAAGAUUUUUGGGAGCCUCAUAGUGCAGCUGUCGUAUAAAUGGGGAACGCCUGGACGCUUAGUUAUCAUGGAUGCUUAUAGUGAAGGCAUGCAGUGUAGGUGCAUUGCUGCGUGCGCUGUCCUGUCGCUGACGAUUCCCUGCGCGCUAGCCUGGAAGAAUUUGGACUUCAGGGGUAAGCAGAUGAAGGGUAGAGCAGUAUAA